CGUUCCCGCCGCUACGUCACCAGGGCCAGGCGAAGACUGGCGGCGCGGCAUCGCUCCUGAUUUAGCUAACACUGGCUUCAAACCACCGCGACGCCGACUGUAUCGUAUGAGUCAGACAGGCAGGUAUGGGAGAGAGAGAGAGGGGAGGACAUGCAGCAAAGGACUACGUGCAGGAAUCGAACCCGGGUUGCUGCGAUCAGGACUGAGCCUUAAUUGGAACGCGUUCUAUCCGGGUCUUGACCGUGAAUGUGUCUCCAUGGAGCCCGGGAAGGCCAGACGGUGAUGGUCUAAGGGAGUGUCUCGGGCACAAAGGUGCUUGCUCCUGGGGAUGUUGCGCUGGACGGUGCACCUGGAAGGAGGGCCGCGGAGAGUCAACCAUGCCGCCGUGGCGGUCGGCCACAAGGUGUACUCCUUCGGGGGCUACUGCUCCGGAGAAGACUACGAGACGCUCAGGCAGAUCGACGUACACGUGUUCAACUCCGUGUCUCUGCGCUGGAUGAAGCUGCCCCCAGUGAGGACUGCAGGGAGAGAGCACACGCGUGAAGGACCCUACAUGCGCUACGGUCACACAGCUGUGCUGCUGGAAGACACCAUCUACAUCUGGGGGGGGCGGAACGACACGGAGGGCGCCUGCAAUGUGCUCUAUGCGUUCGACGUCAACACCCACAGAUGGUUCACACCCAAGAUCUCGGGGACCAUUCCUGGGGCCAGGGACGGCCACUCUGCCUGCAUCCUGGGGAAGGCCAUGUAUAUAUUUGGAGGAUACGAGCAGCUGGCGGACUGCUUCUCCAAUGACAUCCACAAGCUGGACACCACCUCCAUGGUUUGGAGCUUAAUCAACGCCAGAGGUGCUCCAGCACGCUGGAGAGACUUCCACUCGGCCACCAUCAUCGGAACAAAGAUGUUUGUAUUUGGGGGGCGAGCAGACCGCUUUGGCCCCUUCCACUCCAACAACGAGAUCUACUGCAACAAGAUCAAAGUGUUUGACACCGAGACCAACUGCUGGCUGAGCAGCCCCUCUGCCCAGCCGCUGCCUGAAGGACGCAGGAGUCAUUCAGCGUUUUCCUACAACGGUGAGCUGUUCAUAUUCGGGGGCUACAACGCGCGUCUGGACCGGCACUUCAGCGACCUCUGGAAGUUCAACCCAGAGGGCUCCUCCUGGAAGAAGGUGGAGCCCAGGGGGAAAGGCCCGUGUCCGCGCAGGAGACAGUGCUGCUGCAUGGUGGGAGAUCGCAUCGUGCUCUUCGGUGGAACCAGCCCCUGUCCGGAGCAAGGGAUGGGUGAUGAAUUUAACCUCAUGGAUCACUCAGACCUGUACAUCCUGGACUUCAGCCCUAAUCUGAAGACAUUAUGCAAGAUGGCAGUAAUUCACUACAGUCUGGAGCAGUCGGGGCUCCCACAUGACAUCAGAUGGGAGCUGGCUGCCAUGACAACCAACAGCAACAUCAGCAGGCCAAUCUUCUCCUCUCAUGGCUGAGAGCAGCCAUCACGGAGCAGACCCCAGACUGCCUUCUGCCCUCCGGGACCCGGGGACACCUUAACAAUCCACC